AUGGAGUGCAUCUCGGCACUGUUUAUUCAGUGGGAGCUGAACGUGGUGAAGUCUGUCGUUGUCAGCGAGAUGGCGAGGAGGCUGGAGGAGGCGGCUCAGGGCAACGUCAUCGGCCUUCUGCUGCGACUGGACAAGUAUGGCUUCGCAACCACCGACAAAAACUCGCAGAUAUUGACGGUGCUGGAGUUCACGAUGGUGGGGCGAGCAGGGCCACAGGACUACGUGGACGAACACCAGCUCACCAGACUGACCCGAGAGGACGUCGCGGCCGAGAACAUCCCAUCAACGCAGGCCUUGCACGAGGAGCACUCUGCAAGAUUUGCCAACGGUGCCAGUUCAGGCGCUUACCUCACGCCGGAGCGCCGGAUUACCCCGGUGCCAGAGACGACACCGAACCCCCCUGUGGCGCUCAGCAGCCGAAUGGCCACUUUUGGACAGGUGGAAGGAGGCAACUGUGGCGUUGCAGACGCCCCUACGCAACCAGGUUACGUGGAGGCACCUGCCGGGCCACCCGCCAAUCCCUAUGCCAUGCCGCCAGGUGGCCCUUAUGGUGGCAGCGCCAACCCCUACGCGAAUCAAAGCACUGCAUCUGCGCCUCGCCCGGCCGAGACAGCGCGGAACCUCAGCACUAGCCUCGCUCCGGUGUCUUCCGUGGGUGCUGUCACGCCGGUGAGUGCUCUGAAUGCCUACACCGGUGGACGAUGGAAGAUCAAGGCGCGGGUUCUCACGAAAGGUGACGUGCGGAAGUUCAACAAUCAGCGUGGAGAGGGCCAGCUUUUCAAGGUGGACCUCGGAGACAAGACCGGCGAGAUCUCGGCAACGUUUUUCGGCCGUGCCGUGGACAAGUACUACUCGCUGCUGAAACCGGAGAAGGUGUAUACUUUCCAGAAGGGCCAGAUCAAGCCGGCAAACAAGCGCUACGACCGCGGUGACCACGUCUUGGUGUUCGAAGAGCACGCCCUCAUCGAGGCAGCGGGCGAGGAUGACGAUAUCCCGAAGAUCAGCUACGACUUCCGGGACCUCGCGAGUGUGGAAACCCUGCAGCCCGAAACGCGCAUCGAUGUCAAAGCGGUGAUCUUCCACAUGCAGGAGCCCUUCACAUUCACUGCCAAGACAUCGAACAAAGAGAUGACGAAGAGGGUUCUUCACAUUUGGGACACCUCGGGCGACCCUGCGUCUGGCAGCACCUGCGAGCUAACGCUUUGGGGCGACACGGCUCUAAGCUCGGAGUUCGAAAUGAACCAGGUGAUCUUCUUGAAGCAGGCGCGAGUCACGGAGUUCAACGGAACGAAGAGUCUCAGCAGCCCCGCGGGCAUGCAGCACAGUCCGGACCACCCCCAGGCCUUUGCUUUGAUUCGCAGCUACCAGCAGCUGCAGCAGACGAACCCUCAAGCCUUCCAGGCGCGGACCAACUGGGGCAGCUCGACAGGAAGACGCCAAACCAUCGAAGAACUGCGCCAGGAGGACAUUGGUCUGGGUGCUCCGCCGACGCCAUGGCAGCAGCCGGCUGGACCAGGUGAACCAAAGAGCAUCCACAGGCACUGGGUCGUGGCUACGAUGACGAACUUGCCGAUGGACCGGCCUCCUUACUACACGGCAUGCCCUCACGUUACGGAAGCCUCACAGCCUCCGACUUCCGCGGGCCAGUCCAGCACGAGGACGUGCAACAAGAAGGUCACGCAGGAUGGAGAUGGGAUGUGGAUGUGCGCUUCUGGCCACAAAUCACAGCAGCCAGAUUUCAGGUAUCUCUGCCGACUCACCGUUCUGGAUCACACGGACAAGUGCGAGGUUAACCUCUAUGAUGAAGCCGUCAACAAGCUGCUGAAGUGUCCUGCCAAGGACUAUGCGCAGGUCUAUGAUGGAGGCAUGAACAGUGGCCAGCUGGCAGAUCAACUGCGGCAGCUCAAUGGUCGAAUGGAGUGGAGGAAGUGCUUGCUCCGACUCCGUGCCCAGAAGGAGAUCUGGCAAGAGAACGAACGCGUCAGGUACUCAGUGGACGAGGUUCAGCCUGUGGCUCUUGUGUCCGACGCGAAACAGAUGUUGGCCGAAAUUCAUGCUGGCAAUUUGGUAACCGAUGUGAAUCAUGCAUUGUCCAUCGCCAGCAUGAAGCCUGGCCAGACUGCAGAGGCCAGCCUUGUGGCGAACCUCCACUCCAGGGCUUUGGAACAGGAGUGGAACAUGCUCCUGCGACAGGAAGUGGAGCAGCUCCGAGCACAGAAUGCGGCGCUCGUAUCUAGCACGGAGCCACGCACACCUCGCCGGACGCCGACACCGGGAACACCCCGAGCGGCCAAGAGUCCACGCACGCCCCAGACACCCAAGGUGGCAGCCCGCACACCUGCCCGCUCGGCGCCGAGCACACCUCGAACACCGCGAUCACGCCAGGAAGCGCAGUCAGAGGCUGUCACCCCGCGGCGAGCACCCACACGACGGCCGUUCGAGCCGAAAGUGCAGCAGCCUCCACUGCUCGGUUGCAUCGUGAUGGCGGUGGCCAUUGCAAUCCUUGCGAUGCUCGCAGAAGUCAUGGCCGAGGAGGCAACGAGCUCCGCAGCAUCCUUGCGUGGUGCGAGUGCUGCGAGAGAGCUUCAGCAGACGCCCGCUGAUCAAGCUCCGGUCAGAGACUCGGAAGAGGCGGUGGCUCCGCGGUGUCUGCCUGGAUACGUCGACGUUACAGGAGGCCAGGCCUUCUUCUGGUCCUGUGCUUUCCAUUGCGACGGAGGCCAGUACUAUGCCACGGCCUCCUGCAUGUGCGCAUGCCUCACUCCGGAGCAGCGGGACCGCCUAGAAACGCAGGGCGAUGCUGGCUUCAUCUCCGGGGGGACGGGGACGGGCCAAUCCUCCGGGAUCUUGAUCACAGCUCGUUCCACCAUAGGCCCACCUCCGGCAGGCGACCCUGUGGUCGAGAUUCCUAUCGGACCUUUGGGGGGAGAUGGAAGACCUGGAGUUGCACCCCCUGCAGUUGACAGCUAUGUGAUGAAACAGCAAGAUGAGCCGGUUUUCCAACCUGAGACCUCGACUGAUGAAGAAGAGGGGAACUUGAGCUUGGCAGUCAUCGCUCUGAUUGGAGGCCUUUUGCUGGUUAUUGCAGCUUCUGUGGCACUCAUCUGUGCACUCUGGUCUAGCCUUGCCCACGGCAAGCCCAGGCGCACCAAAGUGAUGGUGCAGCUUCCCAGGUUUAGCCCCCAUGUGCCGGUGGAGAAGUGCCCCCAGCCUCCAGCAGAACUGCGCUCAACACCGUCAGCUCCCACACUGACGCAGGCAGUCCACUUGCAGGAGCCUGCGAUCCGAGUGUCCUGGAACUCCAGCAAUGUUUCUGGCGAAUCCAGGGGCCUGUCGCGACCAGCGCAGUGGCAGCAUUUGCGAGUUCCUGACGGCGACAGAAAGCUGAAGGGAAGCCCAAGCCCGAGCAAGACCAGCGCGAACAGCACUUGCAGCGGUGGUGCAAGUGGCACAAGCAGUUUGUCCAGCAGCUCCUGGGCCAUCAAAUCCGAACAGGGUGGCCGCUCACUUGCCGCGGGGAAGACCUCGCGGGUCCAUCCCAGUGCCAAGCAGGUAUUCAUGUGA